AUUGCACUUGCGCUGUUUGCUGCUGGUGCUGCUGCUAAACAGUGUUGUUAGGCAUUGACGCAAUCCCUUGUGCUGUGAGAGCGUUCUGCAUUUGGACUGUCUUGACAUGCUUUUCUGAAAAGUUCAUCUUGACAAAGGACAUUAGCUUGGAUUCUUUUCAUGGCUCAAACGAUUGAAGAGUGGCACGGUGGUGAACCCUUUGGUCUGCAACCCAACAUGUCAGAAAACGGUGCAACAGGCACACCGCAAAGUCCACCUUCUUUACCUCGGCGUCCAGACGAGAUACGACCACCCGAGCCUGCGCGGUCAGCAUCUGGUGAAAUACGUAGAGUACUUUCUCUUGGAUCUUUACCAUCGCCCAGCUUUCCGCGAAAAGCGGCAACAGCCGUUAGAGUCGGCGUCGCGGCCAGGUUUUUUUCGACUGGUUCACGAAAUGUAGCGCUCCCUUCUAUUCCACCCACCGAUCCACCUGUCAUAGUGAGUGAGGCACCAACAACACCACCCGCGGGCAGAUCGCCAUCACCCAAUAGCGCGCAACCUUCAGUUGCUCAACGCCUAGGAAACGUAUUGAGGCAGUCAUCUUCCGAAAGCUCACUGCCGCCUAGCCCAGUACCCCAACGAUCCAAUUCAUCUCGUCGUACCUCCUUCUCCCAGCCGCGUGCGAGUAUUCCAAAUGAAGGCAGGGAUUCUGUGGCAGAGGCUGCCGCGGCCUUGUUAGCGCAGGAAGAUGACGAUGGGACCCCAAUGGCAAACAGAAAGAGAAAUGCAGACUUUCACGAAUUGUUUCCUACAUUGCCUAGAGAUGAACUGCUAGUGGAGGACUAUUCUUGUGCGUGGCACAAAGAAGUAUUGAUACAAGGACGACUGUAUCUGUCGCAGGGACAUGUAAACUUUUACGCCAACCUCCUUGGUUGGGUGCAUUCGGUUGAAAUUCCAUUCUCGGAGAUAAUUUCCAUUGAAAAAAAGAAUGUCGCCGCCAUCAUUCCGAACUCGAUAGAGAUUACUACGAUCACAAAUAAUAAAUUCUUUUUUGCUAGUUUCCUUCAUCGUGAGAGCACGUACAGCCUCAUCAUGUCCUUGUGGGACAGUGUGGCAAACAAGACUAUUCAAUUGCUUCCCAUUACAAAAGUUUCUGAAGGACCGUGUUCAUGUCCACCAGAACAAUCCUGCGAACUGUGCGCCGGUCUUCGGGAUUUUGAUCGAAAGACAAAUGACAGAGGCAAUCAUCGGGGACGCGAUAUGGAGAUACUAGAGUCAAUGAACCUACGCAGAAGCAUGUCUCUCGACUGGCUGCGAGAAAGGGCGGAUAGUCAGGAACUUAGCAAAUCUUCAUUGACGCUCGACGCGACCAAUGGACCUGAAGGUAUUUCAAAGGACACGGAACCGAACGACGACAAGGAAAGUGGGCAUGACAACAAAGAUCGUGGAAAACUGGGCCAGCUAUCUCCCGAGACAAUGCGCAAAAACUCCAGCGGAGGGAAAGAGCGCUCACUUAGCUUGCCAGAGACGAUUUUGAGAGAGCAAGUGAAAAAUCUAACUGCUAGCACAGUUGUGUCCAAGACCGAAGACGAACCAAAAUUCCCGGAGGAUUUCGUCUCACCGAUAGAAACGGUCUUGUCUUCGCCACUGACGCCAGCUGCAGUGCGCCAAUCGGCCAACUUGCAACGAGAGUCUCAACCGCGCGGUUUGGCGGAAUUGGCUGACGUCCAGCUGGGACAGCAAUCCGAAUCGAUAUCACCGAAAUCAAAGGAGAUGUCGUCCCUCCCGAAAAGUUCGGAUGAAAACCUGGGUCAAACCAUUCCACCUCCACUACCAGCUAAGAAUCAGCAUAUCGUACAUCAAAAGAUCCAUAUUCACACGCAGCCCCACAUCCAUAUUCCGCAUCGCAAAUCUUUGCAUGAAGAAGCGGGAUCUAAACAUCGUAAACGAAACCGCAAGCGACCGAAAUCCGUACACCUGGCACCUUCAUUGACUACCCCUGCGACAUGUCCAUGCGAGGCAGAUCAUAAGAAAUCUAUCAUGGUUUUGGAUGCUGUAUUUGAAUGCUCAGUCAAGCGGUUGUGGGAUUUAUUAUAUGAAUAUGGAUCGACCAGAGAGGGAUUUUUGAGGAGCUUCUUGGAAGGCCGACGAAAAUGUCGAGAGUUUAAGAUGUGUGACUGGGUGGCUGCUGAUGUGGACCUUGCAGACCCAACGGAAGACGCACCGAAAUCGGACACUGUACAAUAUGAUGCAGUGCAUCCCAAAUGGCAUAGGAAGGUGGAGUAUAUCGUCCCCUUGAGUAAUUCACUCGGCCCCAAACAGACUCGCUGCAAACUCCACGAGACGGUACUACAGAAAGACAAAGAACGACACAUUUGCCUAAAUCAAAUUUCCCAAACACCCGAUGUUCCCUCUGGUAACGCAUUCCAAUCACGCGCGCGCCUGUGUCUCACCAGCGUUAAACAUCGUCAGACACGGCUUCGAGUCUCCUGCGAAGUGGAAUGGCUGAAGAGUUCCUGGUUAAAGGCGCCCAUCAAUAGUGCGGUUCCUGAAGGACUGAAAAGUUACCACGCUGAACUGGAAACUGCCUUGAAGGAGUAUAUUCUGGCUCAUCCGGAAUCUCAUGAUGACAAAGUUGGCGCAAAUGGCCAUACACCCGAAGAAUCAGAGGAAGAAUACGAAAACGAUGGUGAAGAAGUAGACUUGGAUGACGGCUACGGACCUGACAAUAACAACCUCGCCCACCCUCUCGAAAGAGAACUUGCUGAGGCAGAACGAUUUGAACAACUUUUGCGUAAACGUCGUGGAUACGCCCAAGCUCCUCAACGUGGCCUGUUUACGCUCUCACCCUUAUCUUCCCCCCCUGGACUUAAAUUCUCGACGCCGACCGAAGGAACAUUUAUGAAACCUUUUGUUCGUCCUGCCAAAAAGCAGCCCAAAUUUGGUGGACGAGAGUUUAGGAGGGCUUGGGGUGUCGUGUGGAGAAGUUUGAGCACGACGGUUGGAUUAGCUGUUGUGGUUUCCGUCUUGAUUCUGUUUGCUGUAAUGUGGUGGAUGAUGUUUAGGACGUUUGUGAAAUGGGAGGUUGAGCGAGUUGUCUCCGAGGCCAUGUCGAGGCAAGAGGUUGUUCGUAUGUUUGGCGGUUAAGUUUGGACAUGAAGCCACGUUGGGAGAGGAUGCAGUGUAUGUUUCUUUUUUUGUGUAUAUAGGGUUUAGGGAGUGAACAUUAUUUUGUAAACAUUUAUCUCAGAAAGAAUAACUGAUUCUUUGCACAAGGUUAAGAUAUGUAAUUACGCAGUGAAACAUGAUAAACAUCUCCCAAAUAUAAGGAUACGCCCA